AUGACCAGCGCCGCCGCCGGUGGAGCCAGCGGAGCCUCUGCCAGUGCUGCUGCCGGUGCCAGUGCCGCCAGUGCUGCCAGUGCCAGUGCCAGUGCCACUCCCACUCCCACUCCUGCCAGCGCUGCCUCCGCCGCUGACGCCCGCGCUGCCUCCGCCGCUGACGCCCGCGCUGCCUCCUCCUUCCUGCCCUCCUCGCUCGCCGCCAACGCGGCCACGCGCCCUGUCCCCUCCAACCCACGCUUCAGCUUCUCCAAGCAGCCGCACCUCGACUCUGCUGGCCUCGACGCCGCCGGGCAUGGCGCCGCCGUCUCGUACGACUUCCUGCCCGCGGUCAACUUUGACGACUUUGCCAACAGCCUCGCCUACGAGCCCGCCCUGAGUGACUUUCCCGCCCCGGGCUCCUUCAUGAGCAGCGUGCCUGCCGACUCCACGUACACUAACAACAACAGCAACAGCAACACGACCGUCACCAUGGCAAACACUAACACAAACACCAUCCCCACCUUCACAGGCACCCCUGGCCACACGCGCCCUGCACGCAGCAGCUCUUUUGCCCGCCGCUUCAGCCAGUCGGCUGCCCGCAAGGCCAGUGGCGGCAUGCCUGCAUCUGGCGCUAACACGCCCUCGCUGCCCCAGCCCCCCAGCAACAUGUCCAUUCGCACUCGCCGCCAGAGCCAGUUCUCUUCACAGGCACCCCCCAACCCGGCCGCACGCCCCCCGCGAAAGAGCGUUGGCCCUGGAAUGAUGCCAACCCACAGCUUCGACCGCGGCGACAUGCUCAACAUGCCCACCGACAUUGGCUCCCGCCGAGAAACCCUGUCGGUCAACUUCAAUAACACGCCCUCGGGAGUGCCCAAGCUCGCAAACGCCACACGGACCGCAAAAGCAAAGUCUUUGCAGCCCCCCUCAAGACAGCAAUCGGGUCAUUUAACUGUCUCGUCCAUGACGCCAGACCCGGCCUCCAUGUCUCAGAGUACCACUCGCUCACCUGGCAGGGGCGCUCAACGGUCGCAUACACCUUCCUCGGCCGCUAGCAAGCGCCAAUCCACUGCACCACACAUCUCCGGCCUCGGCGCCAGAACCAUCAGCCCCACCGACGCACGCCGACUGAGACGACUGUCUAUAAACCCGAACCAGCAACAGCAGCCUCCAGGAGGCCCGGUCGGACCCCCGACUCCCCAAGGCGACGCUUCGUUUGACGAGCGUGCCUUUAGCCAGUCUCCGGCCAUGAGGCUUGGAGGCAGCAUGACGCCAUCGUCGGCCCGCGCGACGCCUGAGCAGAAGCGAAAAUCGUAUGCCUCGGGCGUCUCCCUCUCGUCCAACUCGAGCCUCAACUCGCUCAAGGUCGGACCUCCGUCGUCCAUACCUCUGCGUACCAAUCCUGCUCCGUCCGGCUCACGACUGCCCGCGCCGAAGCCACGAAACAUACAAAGCUCAGCUGGUGGAGAACAGGAAGAGGUGCCCCCUGUGCCGGCCAUCCCCAAAGCAUUUGAAUCCCCCAAGGAUCUUGAACGCAGCGGCUUUGCCUUUUCGGCACAGCCGUCCAAGGCGGGAGCCUCCCAGCCCGCAUCGCACGAGUCGGCAGCAACGCCCGACGUGCAUCAGCCUGGAGCCGGUCAAAAUGACAUGCCAGAUGCUCCUUUGAUCAACCCCCGCACAGGAUCCAUCAGGCACCGGAGGGGCUUGACGGUGGGCAACACACCGGAACCCGACAAGACAACCCCGGUACAGCAAUCCAGCAAGAAGAAUUUGCAGCCAAUCAGAUUGCCGCCGCUCAACCUGCUGCCCCUCGGCACUCCCUUCAACAACCGAUUAUCAGCCUUUCCCUUGGACGAUGCAGACGAAGGCAAUGUCACGCCGCCGCCAAAGCGUACUGCUGCCAAGACGCCGAGUACGCCCAUGACGGCCUCCAAAGCCAGCUUCUUCUCCAGGCACCCCAACCACGAUGAAUACCACAAGCAUUUACGCAGCAGCAGUUCUGCGUUUAACCUACGCGCAACAGAGUCUCCGCUUGACACGCAUCCGAACAUCGGUACCAUACCCGUUCCGACCCUGAACCCAAACAGGCAAACCACGACUCCUUUUGCGUCCAACUCAUUGCCAAAAGGCAGCGGCGAAUUUGCCAGUAUACAGCCACGACGGAGUGGAGAGUACAAAUCGCCAAACAAGGACGUGGAGAUGCAGAGCAUGGUUGCGGGCCCACGGCCUUUGCAGAAGAAGAACACGGCCGAGUCGGUGCACACGUCCACCUCGACAGAACCCGAGACGCCCUCUUCGUCCUCUUCGCUGCGGCGUAAGCUGAGCUUGAGUGGCUGGAGGCGAGCUUCGUCCAAGGCAGCAAACCACACAUCGCAAACCCCGCAAACUCGAAAGCAGGGGCCCCGGCCCGACGAGUCGAGACCGCAGCCGCAGCUACAGCCAGCGAAAAACACCGGCAUGCCCCCGCCCAAGCUACCAGCGUCUGCUACGUGGAGCGGUGCCGCUGGUACAGGUACCAGCCCGACUCCUGCCACCAAGCGCUCUCGGCCGUCUCUUGACUUUGGACGCCGCAAAGCCUCCAGCACGGCAAUUGCAAACGACAAUGAGGUUGACAAGGGCAAUAAUGCACGCAAGCCUGCCGGAAGUGCGGGAGCGCGUGCUGUGUCUGGUCAAACCGAGCAGCCUGCCGCUCAGCCGACACAAAAGUCGUCGUCGUCUAUUUUGACGCCAAUGCAACGCAUGCUGGGCACCAAGAGUUCGUCCAACAUGCUCAAGGCCCGCAACCUGGACCCCAACCUCGACCGAGACGACUUGCUCGCGGAUGAAGAGAUGAAGAAGCUCGCUGGUAAGCGCAAAGACUUUGAGCAUGCUGCGCGGGAUGUGGAUGAGCUCCGCAAGCGCGCUACUGCCAAAGAGCGUGUCACUCCAAGCGAUGCCGUACGCAUGGCAAACCUCAAUAUCUUCGAAAGAGGCGAGAUUAUCGACUACAAGGAGGUAUAUUUCUGUGGCACUAAGAACGCCAAGAAGCAUGUUGGCGACCUCAACGCCCAAUCGGCCAACUUUGGUUACGAUGACGAUCGCGGUGAUUACAACAUCGUCUUGGGAGACCACCUGGCCUACCGGUACGAAGUGGUUGAUGUUUUGGGCAAGGGCAGUUUUGGUCAGGUUGUGCGUUGCAUAGACCACAAGACAGGAGGGCUAGAGGCCAUCAAGAUCAUUCGUAACAAGAAGCGGUUCCACCAACAAGCUCUGGUUGAGGUCAACAUUCUCCAAAAGCUUCGCGAAUGGGAUCCCGACAACAAGCACAGUAUGAUCAACUUUACACAAAGCUUCUACUUCCGAGGCCAUCUUUGCAUCUCCACGGAGCUGCUUGGCAUGAACUUGUACGAGUUCAUCAAAGCACACGAGUUCAAGGGCUUCUCGCUGCGUUUGAUCCGUCGUUUCAGCAAGCAGAUCUUGUCCUCGCUGGUUCUUUUGAAGCAACAAAAGGUCAUCCACUGUGACUUGAAGCCCGAGAACAUUCUGCUGGCGCACCCCCUGCACUCGGAGAUCAAGGUCAUUGAUUUCGGAUCCAGCUGCUUCGAAUCGGAAAAGGUCUACACGUACAUCCAGUCUCGAUUCUACCGAUCUCCCGAGGUCAUUCUGGGCAUGAGCUAUGGUUUGCCCAUCGACAUGUGGAGUUUGGGUUGUAUCCUUGCAGAACUGCUCACGGGCUACCCCAUCUUCCCAGGAGAGAACGAGCAGGAGCAGCUGGCUUGCAUCAUGGAAAUAUUUGGUCCUCCCGAGAAACAUUUGAUUGAGAAGAGCAGCCGGAAGAAGCUCUUCUUUGACUCGCUGGGCAAGCCUAGAGUGACGGUAUCUUCAAAGGGCCGCAGACGCAGACCAAGCUCGAAGACGUUGCAGCAGGCCCUCAAGUGUGACGAUGAGGCCUUCUUGGACUUCAUCUCGCGAUGCCUGCGGUGGGACCCUGAACGACGCAUGAAGCCCGAUGAAGCCAUGCAGCACGAAUUCAUCACGGGCAUACGGAAGCCCCCUCAGCAGCGCCGAACUUACAACGCUCCCACCAACGUCUCGUCGCCCGCAAAGCGCGUGCCAGCGCCACAAGCGACUCAGCCGCGCGCUCGACCACUUCCCGAACCACCAGCUCCCAGCUUCCGAAACGGGACUGCGGCUAGUGCCCAACGCGAGGUGUCGAACAGCCAAUCUCCCGUAAAGGCGUCUGCUCCGCACCGACGGCACUCAACCACUCAAGGAGUCACGUCUGGAGGUUCUGGCACUAAGCGUGCUGCGAAUGGAGCUCCGCUCAACACCAACUCGGGUAGCGGUCUGCCGCGGGCGGCACAACGAAGCGUAUCAGGCAAGCCUGAUCUCGCUUCGGCGGCAGCAAUCGCAAGCCUCGUAAGUGGUUAUGCUCAGGAUCAUCUUCGCACGUGCUAA